GACUUCCUCCUGGGCCGCCGCUUCGGACUUAAACUUUGAAGGGGGGAAAAAAGAGCCUCUCGCGCGCGGUGCGACCCUCCCUUGCCCCCCCACCCAUCCCGCCUCCGGAUCCCGCCAUCAUCGGAUCCCUCAAUUUGACAGAUUGCUCUUCUCGGAUCCACCCCACGACAGCUCUCUAAUCUAGGACCCGGGUGCACAGGGCUCCUCCCUGCCACAUCCCCGGUGGGCUCCCGGCGGCGGGUCCGGGUCUGCCCCCAUGGCCGCCGCCCCCUCUCAUCCCGCCGGACUCCCCGGAUCCCCCGGGCCCGGGCCUCCUCCGCCCCCCGGGGGCUUGGAGUUUCAGUCCCCGCCACCACUGCUGCCUCAGAUCCCAGCCCCGGGCUCCGGGAUCUCCUUCCACAUCCAGAUCGGGCUGACCCGGGAGUUCGUGCUGUUGCCGGCAGCCUCGGAGUUGGCGCAUGUGAAGCAGCUGGCCUGUUCCAUCGUGGACCAGAAGUUCCCGGAGUGUGGUUUCUACAGCCUAUACGACAAGAUCCUGCUCUUCAAACAUGACCCCACGUCGGUCAACCUCCUGCAGCUGGUGCGAUCUGCUGCAGAUAUCCAGGAGGGCGACCUGGUGGAGGUGGUGCUAUCGGCCUCGGCCACCUUCGAGGACUUCCAGAUCCGCCCUCAUGCCCUCACCGUGCACUCGUAUCGCGCGCCUGCCUUCUGCGACCACUGCGGGGAGAUGCUGUUUGGCCUUGUGCGCCAGGGCCUCAAGUGCGAUGGCUGCGGGCUGAACUACCACAAACGCUGUGCCUUCAGCAUCCCCAACAACUGCAGUGGGGCUCGGAAGCGACGCCUGUCGUCCACAUCUCUGGCCAGUGGCCAUUCCGUUCGACUUGGCAGUUCUGAGUCCUUACCCUGCACGGCUGAGGAGCUGAGCCGAAGUACCACCGAUCUCCUGCCUCGCCGCCCGCCCUCGUCCUCUUCCUCGUCCUCCUCUGCUUCCUUCUACACAGGCCGUCCCAUUGAGCUGGACAAGAUGCUGUUGUCCAAGGUCAAGGUGCCUCACACUUUCCUCAUCCACAGCUACACACGGCCCACCGUUUGCCAGGCUUGCAAGAAACUUCUCAAAGGUCUCUUCCGCCAGGGCCUGCAGUGCAAAGACUGCAAGUUUAACUGCCACAAACGCUGUGCCACCCGUGUCCCUAAUGACUGCCUAGGGGAAGCACUCAUCAAUGGAGAUGUGCCAAUGGAGGAGGCCUCUGACUUCAGCGAGUCUGAUAAGAGCUCCCUCACAGAUGAGCUGGACGACACUGGAAUCAUCCCAGGCUCCCACUCGGAGAAUGCUCUCCAUGCCAGUGAGGAAGAGGAAGGCGAGGGAGGCAAGGCCCAGAGCUCCUUGGGAUAUAUCCCCCUGAUGCGGGUAGUACAGUCUGUGCGACACACAACUCGGAAAUCCAGCACCACCCUACGUGAGGGCUGGGUGGUCCAUUACAGCAACAAGGACACGCUUAGAAAGCGGCACUAUUGGCGCCUGGACUGUAAGUGCAUCACCCUCUUCCAGAACAAUACCACUAACAGAUACUACAAGGAAAUCCCACUGUCAGAAAUCCUUGCGGUGCAGCCGGCUCAGGACUUCACCCUCGUACCCCCGGGCACCAACCCACACUGCUUCGAGAUCAUCACUGCCAAUGCCACCUACUUUGUGGGCGAAUCACCUGGCGGGGCCCCAGGUGGGCCAAGCGGACAGGGGACCGAGGCUGCUCGGGGUUGGGAGACAGCCAUCCGCCAGGCCCUGAUGCCUGUUAUCCUCCAAGAUGCACCCAGUGCCCCAGGCCACAUGCCACACAGACAAGCUUCUUUGAGCAUCUCUGUGUCCAACAGUCAAAUCCAAGAGAAUAUGGACAUCGCCACUGUCUAUCAAAUCUUCCCAGAUGAGGUGCUGGGCUCCGGGCAGUUUGGAGUGGUCUAUGGAGGAAAGCACAGGAAGACUGGCAGGGAUGUGGCAGUGAAGGUCAUUGACAAACUGCGAUUCCCCACCAAGCAGGAGAGCCAGCUCCGGAAUGAAGUGGCCAUUCUCCAGAGUCUGCGGCACCCUGGAAUCGUGAACCUCGAGUGUAUGUUCGAGACCCCUGAGAAGGUAUUCGUGGUGAUGGAGAAGCUGCACGGAGACAUGCUGGAGAUGAUCCUCUCCAGCGAGAAGGGCCGGCUGCCUGAACGCCUCACCAAAUUCCUCAUCACGCAGAUCCUGGUGGCAUUGAGACACCUGCACUUCAAGAACAUCGUCCACUGUGACUUGAAACCAGAGAACGUAUUGCUGGCAUCAGCCGAUCCUUUCCCCCAGGUGAAGCUAUGUGACUUUGGCUUUGCACGCAUCAUUGGCGAGAAGUCUUUCCGGCGCUCAGUGGUGGGCACGCCAGCCUACCUGGCACCUGAGGUGCUGCUCAACCAGGGUUACAACCGCUCUCUGGACAUGUGGUCGGUGGGUGUGAUCAUGUACGUCAGCCUCAGUGGCACAUUCCCCUUCAAUGAGGAUGAAGACAUCAAUGAUCAGAUCCAGAACGCUGCCUUCAUGUACCCGGCCAGCCCUUGGAGCCAAAUCUCAUCUGGAGCCAUCGACCUCAUCAACAACUUGCUGCAGGUGAAGAUGCGCAAGCGCUACAGCGUAGACAAGUCUCUCAGCCACCCCUGGUUACAGGAGUACCAGACAUGGCUAGACCUAAGAGAGCUAGAAGAAAAGAUGGGCGAGCGAUACAUCACGCAUGAGAGUGAUGACGCACGCUGGGACCAGUUUGUGACGGAGCGCCAUGGGAUUCCCACCGAAGGGGACCUCGGUAGCAUCCGUUUGCCACAGGACCACGAGAUGCAGGGGCUGGCUGAGCGCAUCAGCAUCCUCUGAGGACAGUAUCCCCCUGGGCUGCUGCCUUUGGAGCCCUUCACACCAUCCCAGAAGCAAACUGUUCUAGAAGUGACUUCUUGCUCAGACUUGAUGGGGCAAUGUGCACCGCAGCUGGGGAGGGGUGGGAGGUAUCAGUCCCCAAGACCAGCUGUCUUUCUAACAAUUAAAAUGGACUUAUCUUGGGGCCAUA